AUGCUACGUGUUGAAUUUCCCGAAGUAUUUGCUGAUGGGUUGGGAACCUAUAAUAAAUCUUGCAUACAAUUACAUUUAACUGAUAAGACGCCCGUGUUUGUUAAGGCGCGUCCCCUGCCGCUUGCUUUACGCGAGCCAGUGGAACGAGAACUAGAACGAUUACAGCGGGAUGACGUUAUUUAUAAAGUAGAACGUUCGGAUUACGGGACACCUAUUGUCCCCAUUGUAAAAAAAAAUGGUAGUAUCCGUAUAUGUGGUGAUUACAAAAUCACUCUAAAUCCACUGUUAAAAGAUUUUCAUUACCCGCUUCCGCGCAUUGAAGAUAUAUUUGCUAACCUAGCGGGUGGUGAGCAGUAUUCAAAAUUAGAUUUAUCUGAUGCCUAUCAGCAGGCACUUUUGUCUGAGGAGUCACAGCCCAUGACAGCAAUCACAACACAUAUAGGGACUUUCGUUUACAAAAGAGUACCCUUUGGUUUAAAGUGUAUACCAGAAAAUUUCCAAAAAUUAAUUGAAGAAAUCUUGAGUGGAUUGUCCUCAGUGGUAGCAUUCCAAGACGACAUUUGUGUGACAGGAGUAGAUAGGGUAACGCAUCUUAAAAAUCUGAGAGCUGUAUUAUCUAGAUUAAAAGAUGCCGGGUUACAUGUAAAUUGGUCUAAAUGCGAGUUUUUUCAAUCUAGUGUCACCUAUCUAGGCUAUCGUAUCGAUAAGGCAGGCCUUCAUACAGAUAAAAAAAAAAUAGAAGCUAUAUUUUCAGCGCCCACCCCUAAAAACGUUACGCAACUAAAAAGUUUUUUAGGUUUAGUAAAUUUUUAUGCUAAAUUUUGUGCAAACAUUAGUGAUAUAUUGCAUCCAUUGUAUACAUUAUUAAAAAAAAAUAUCAAGUGGCAUUGGAGCGAUCAGUGUGAACAGGCAUUUAUGGAAAUUAAAAAUACAUUAAGUAAAAGUCCUGUGUUGGCGCAUUACAAUGCUAAGUUACCACUCGUGUUGUCGGUAGACAGCAGCGCGUAUGGACUGGGCGCGGUACUCGCACACAAGUAUACCGAUGGCUCCGAGCGGCCGAUCAGCUGUGCCUCGCGUACGCUCAACGAAGCGGAACGUAACUACUCACAAAUAGAUAAGGAGGCGCUGGCGAUUGUUUUCGGUGUUACGAAGCACCACCAGUACAUUUAUGGCAGACGUUUUAUUAUACGUAGUGACCACCGUGCUCUCAGUUACAUAUUCGGUAAAAAUAAAGGUAUACCGCAAACAGCAGCGAGUCGUUUACAAAGAUAUGCUGUACGGUUAGCGGCGUACAAUUUUGAUAUUGAGUUUGUACCAUCGAAUAAAAACUGUGUUGCCGACGCGCUGUCUCGUUUACCUUUAGAAUAUACAAAACAGGUUUAUGAGCAGGAUUGUUAUAGUUAUUUGAAUUUUGUAGAAGAUAAAUUACCAGUUACAUUUAAUCAGAUAAAAAAAAAUACGAGAACUGAUACACAAUUAAAUAGAAUUAUAGGAUUUGUUAAAUUUGGUUGGCCAGACAGUUUACAAAUUGUUAAUGAUAAAAUAUAUUUUUCUAAAAAGGACAGUUUGUUUUUAGAACAUGGCUGUUUGGUUUGGGGAUAUCGGGUGGUUAUACCGAGCAGUUUACGAGCAACAGUACUGAAUGAAUUACAUUCUGGACAUAUAGGUGUGGUAAAAAUGAAGCAAUUAGCUAGAAACUACUUAUGGUGGGAGGGACUGGACGCGGACAUAGAACGUGUGUGUCGUGAAUGUUCAGCAUGUGCUUCACAGCGAGAUCAACCUCCCCCAGCGCCCUUACAUUCGUGGGCCUGGCCCACAGAACCUUGGGAACGCCUUAAUAUUGAUUUCUUGGGACCAUUUCGCAAUAAGUAUUACUUAGUUAUCAUUGACGCUCAUUCUAAGUGGCUUGAAGUGGACAACGUUUCAAGCACUUCAGCAGCCGCGGUUAUACACAGCUUGCGUAAGAUUUUUGCACGUUUCGGUCUUCCAAAGUCCAUCGUGAGUGACAAUGGACCUCCAUUUUCAUCCGCAGAAUAUCUAAAUUAUUUAAACAGGAACGGUAUUAAGCGUAUAUUAGUAGCUCCAUAUCAUCCGUCUAGCAAUGGAGCAGCUGAAAAUGCUGUAAAAUUAGUUAAACAGGUACUUAGAAAGGCGACUAUGGAGCGGGAAGACUAUGAUACCGCGUUAUGUAAAUUUUUAUUUACGUAUCGAAACACGGAGCACUGUACGACACAAAAGGAGCCUUCGUUAGCAUUGUUGGGACAUAGAUUGAGAGGUAGACUGGAUUUAUUGAGGCCGGUUAACAAAGACUUAGUUCAGGCACGGCAAAAUCGGCAGGCGACAGGUCGCGACAGAGUUUUGCGGGAAGUACUUCCUGGGGAGUCGGUGUUAGUACGGAAUUAUGGUAAUAAAGAUAUUAAAUGGAAGGAUGCUACUGUGAUAGAGAAAACAGGCCCCGUUUCUUAUGUUGUCAAAACAAAAGAUGAUCAUUUACACAAACGCCAUAUUGAUCAAAUUAUAGGUAAAAAUGUUAGAAAGUCUAGACAUUCUCUACCUAAUAGCAAUAGCGACCCUGGUGUUCUAAAGGAUUUGCCACGUAAUCAUGAUGCAUCUAUUAUGGAAUAUUACAAUAAAGAGGAUAGUUGGUCUAUACCUUUAAGUAAAACUAAUAAUGACAGUCCCAGUGUCUCCCCAUCUAAAGAUAUCGAUCAGUCAGAGAGCGAGUACGAUCCGCAGCAGUCCAUACCGAUAGCACAGCCGAUAGCAAACACAGAUAAUGAUAGAGCAAUUGGUAAAUAUCAAAUUGAUGCUGUUACUCACGCAUUCACUGGAGACAACACAUCUAAACAUAUUACUUUACCAACAAUCCUUCCCGCCAUUGUCUGCAGAGGAGAGAGAUUUACUGAUGCGUCAAUGUUUAUUUGGGACAAGCUUCUGGGUCAAGAUAUGGGAGCAAUUAGUGACGGUCGUCGAAGAUGUUGCUGUGUACUGACUCAGCAAUUUCCAGAGGUGUACUGCUGUGUAACUCAGCAACUAUCAGAGGUGUACUGCUGUUUAACUCAGCAACUAUCAGAGGUGUACACUAUAUACAUAAGAUUAGAAUAUGGAAAGUUGUCGCCAGUCCUCGCUAGGUUCUAUAGCCCUGACAGGCUCGCCCGCUCGCCGAAAUAUAAUGUGAAGUUCACCAUAAUCGUGUCCUUGUCUGAUCCUAAACGAAAACCUAUAAUUUCACUAUUAAGCAGCAAAUUAUGGUAG